GGCCUCGGCCUCGGCCUGGUCUACGAUAAUCGAUAUCGAUUCGCUUUGUCGGAAUCGAGGGGGAGCGCGGGCUGGCCGCUGGCCGUUUUUUUCUUUGUGAGGGCUUUUCGCGCGCGCGCUCGAUGGAAUCUUGUGUCUGUCCCAUGACAAGGGGAGAUGUGAGACGACGGCGAGCAUGCGCGCGCGCACACACGCGAUAUGCAAGAUACGAUGAUUGGAAUGGUUUGAUAUUCUACGCGCGCAUCGGGAUGGGAGGCUUCCAUCGCUAGAUCGUGAGGACGAGUGCUGCGACGCUUGGGCACGCAAUGCAUCGAAGUGUGAGUGAGUGACUGAGUGAAACAAGCUCGUGCGUGGGGGGCGCGCGCUCAAAAAGGCCAAGCCAACAAAAAGAAAGAAGACAAAAGAAUGCAU